GUUGAAGUGUCCUUGUGUACAAUAUAUAAAGAACCUAUGGGUUUAUAAUACGGUAGUUAGCACACAUAUAUAGCAUGGGAUAUACUAACUCGAACAUGCGUCUAUUUAUCUUCAAAGCCACUCAUACUACUCCCUUUUGAUUGUGCCAGCUUGACUGUUGUUCACUUAACUAGCAAGUACGCUUACGAUGGAUGCACCAAAUACGAAACCUUAUCACCUACCCUCAGAUGCCGUCUGGUUCAUUACCGGAUGCUCUUCUGGAAUUGGCCAAUCUCUGGCUCAGCUCAUCACGCAGACCUCAAACCGCGUGGUAGCUACGGCACGCAAAGUGUCGGCUUUAUCGAGCCUUCCAACGAAUGACCAUGUCCUCAAGCUAGAGCUAGACGUCACUUCUAUCCCUAGUAUCGAAGCUGCUCUCCAAGUCACGGUAGAAAGGUUUGGCCGUAUUGACGUCGUAGUCAACAACGCAGGCUAUACCCUCGUUGGUGAUACCGAAGCUGCAGAAGACCAGGAAUCCCGGGCAGUGUUAGACACGAACUUCUGGGGUAUGGUAGACGUGACUAAGAGAGCUCUGGGAAUUAUGAGGGAUGUGAAUCCCAACACUGGACAACAGGGCGGUGUAAUUUUAAAUCUGAGCUCUAUGGGUGGCUGGUCGGGUUAUCCGGGAAGCUCCUUUUAUCAUGCCAGUAAAUUCGCCAUGGAAGGAUGGACAGAGUCUGUGGCGAAGGAGUUGCCGGCUUCGUGGAAUAUUCAUUUAUGCAACAUCGAGCCUGGGGGCGUGAAGACCAACUACGCGACCUCUUCUCUUAAACACAUGGCCAAAAGACACCCAGCCUAUGCCGAGCCUAACUAUCCCACGAACGUCUUGCUAGCCUACAUGCUAAAUGAGGAAUGCCGCAGCUUGUGGUCAGAGCCGAGUGCUUUAGCCGCAGCAAUGUAUCAAGUUGUAAGCCGCGGGCAGCGAAUUCCGAUUCGGGUGCCGUUGGGAGCCGAUUCUUGGGGGAUGAUAGCGAAGGACCUCGAGGACACUAAGAAAGACCUGGACGACUUGAAAGAGAUCAGCUUAGGCGUGGGUGAUCCGAAGCAGCUGGAGACUAUCAACUUUUUGAAGUAGUCUAG